AUGAAUCUACUGAAAUUUAUUGGUUUGAAAAGGAAAUAUUGUCCUGAUUACGUUAAAGCUUUUUAUUAUAAUCGGGUUGUGACCCCUACUGGCAUAGAUAGUAGAUUCAAAUAUAAGCUAGUCAAGUUUGAUUAUUUUGAUUUUAGGAAGUACCUUGAUCUGGCUUCUAGUGGUGCUUUGCUUGAUGCGGCACCGAUUAAUUAUGAUAAAGUUUCACAUGUGUUGGCUAUUUCUAAAUUCGUUGUUGAGUCUCCAAGUAUGUCAAACUUUAGCAUUAUCCAAGUCAAUUUUGACAUGUGUCUGCUUCACUGGAUUGUUGUGAAGAUUCUAUACAGGAAACCAAGAAAUUGGGGAAGAGUUGAUGAUCAUGAUUUGUACCUCAUGUGGCUUCUGACUAGUAACCAUGAUAUGAGCUAG